AUGCAAGCGUUGCAGUUCCAGUAUGGUCAGCCACAUCAGCUUGCUCAAAGCGAAAUAGCUGCCAUUCUGACCUCCCCAGAUGUCAAGCCGACUGAUGCUCGCACCUUUCAGAGCUUUGCUCUGCGUGUCCAUCUCCUAGUAAGCAUGCUGCUCUCCUUAGAGGGACCACAAGGCAUGGAACUGAACUGCUGCUCACAUGUCGAUCGCCUACUUAGCAAGCUGCCAAAGUACCACAGAGAUGGGUUCAUCGAGCAUCUACAGUUACAAGGCAAAUUAAAUGGCACAAGUCUGAACCCCUACAACCUGCAGGACCUAAAUGGAUGGCUUCAAGGUAAAGCACAACAGCAGCGCCUUUCCAGCAGAUUGGUGCAACGCUAUCAACAGGAGAAACCAUCGGGGAGCGCAACAGAAAAAGGUCCCUUCAGGGUCAAAGGUCAAGCUACAGCUGUAUAUCAUGGAGCAGCGCCAACACGACAGGGUGCAUCCACUAAGCACGCUCUUGCUGACACCAACAAAGCUAACAAAAUGCAUUGUCUCUUCUGCAAUAGCAAGGAACACUAUAUUAGUCGCUGUCAACAGAUCAGAAAACAUUCUGCGGCGCACCUGGAUAAAUGGAUAGUAGAAGAAGGACGAUGCUGGAGAUGUGCACGUGCUCAUGCACCCGACGCAUGUACUCUCAAGAAGCCCUGCAGCGACUGCAAUGGUAUUCACCUCCAAGUUCUCCACAAUGUAGCUCAAAGGUAUACUGAAGACACCCAGAUGACUCCCACAGAGAGUCGUGUCUAUUUGACUCCCAGCAUCACCUCAAGUAGAGUGCUCCUGAAAGUAGUUCCUGUACUGCUGCAUCAUAAUUCAAAAUCAAUGGAGACAUUUGCUGUCUUAGAUGAUGGGGCUCAACGAACUAUGAUUUUACCUGACGCAGCACAACAUCUACACUUGCAUGGCCAACAUGAAAUUCUUGCCCUGCGCACCGUGCGCACAGACCUUACCCACCUCAAGGGUUUAACAGUUGACUUUGAGAUUUCCCCUAUAAAGAACCCAGGAAAACGGUACCAAGUGCAAGGUGCGUUUACUGCACAAGGUUUGGAUCUGAUGGAGCAGACCUACCCAGUUCAGAGACUUCAGAGGAAGUACACCCAUCUACGUGGGAUUUCGUUGCAACCAUUUUCCAAUGCACGCCCCCUUGUGCUAAUUGGGUCAGACAAUGUGCACCUGAUCACUGCCACGAAGCCAGUCCGCCAGGGAAAUAAUGGAGGACCCAUAGCCAUCCACACAGCACUUGGAUGGACGUUACAGGGGGCGGAGGAAAGAACACAAGGACAGAGCUCAACACAAUUGUGUCUCUUUACCUCACUCGCCACUCCCAAUGACAUCUUGUUUCGUAAUGUGGAAAAGUUAUGGCAACUUGAUGUUUUGCCUUUCAGGAACGAAAAGAUGGUUGUUUGCUCUCGUGAAGAUCAAGAAGCAAUCACCCUAUUGGAGACAAGAACUCAGCGAAUCGACAUAGAGGGUGUCCAGCGCUAUGCAACACCCCUCCUAAGAAAGAAAGAUAUGCCUAAACUCAACAAUUCCAUAUCCACCGUUAUGGCUCACUUGAGAAGCACAGAGAAAAGGCUCAAGAAGAAUCCAGAGAAAGUCACUUCCCUUUCUGCUGAGAUCGCUAAGCUCAUUCAAGCAGGGUAUGUCAAGAAGCUCUCGCAUGAAGAGACGGAACAGUCCACUGAAGCGUGGUAUCUUCCCUAUCAUCUUGUGUUCCACAAUGAGAAGGCAAGACUUGUCUUCAACUGCUCGUUUCGACAUCAGGGAGUGUCUGUGAACGACCAACUCCUCCCUGGGCCGACACUGGGACCAUCCUUGCUAGGUGUUCUUCUUCGGUUCAGACAGCACCAGGUAGCUGUGAGUGGAGAUAUCCGAGCAAUGUUUCAUCAGAUCCGUCUUCUCCCUGAAGAUAGACCACUCCUUCGCUUUAUCUGGAGAGAUUUGCGCAGCGAAGACCCACCAGACGUUUAUGAAUGGCAAGUGCUUCCAUUCGGAACGACAUGCAGCCCGUGCUGUGCAAUAUUUGCUCUGCAGCAACAUGCUCGGAAUCACCAACACAACCAUCCAGGACUUCUUAAAUCAGUGGAGCAAAGUUUCUAUGUGGAUAAUUGCCUAAAGAGUUUCACCGACAUAUCUGAGGCUGCACAGCAGGUCACUCAGUUGCGCAAACUGAUGGCAGAAGGAGGAUUUGACCUCCGACAAUGGGCAAGUAACCAACCAGAGGUGUUAGCCCAAGUCCCUCCUGAAGGAAGAUCGACUACCACAGAGCAGUGGCUAAGCCAGAACAGAGUUGAGCCACAAGAGCCUGCUUUAGGCCUGAGAUGGAACUGUGCUACUGACACCCUUGGCUAUCAACGUAGAAACAUCGAACAUACCAUAUUGACCAUGAGGACUGCAUAUCAGGUGCUAGCCAGCCAGUAUGACCCCCUGGGGUUUAUAGUACCGUAUACGACCCGCGCCAAGGUUCUCAUUCAGCAGCUAUGGUCCAAGCAGAGAAGCUGGGAUGACUCUGACUUACCACGAGCCCUGCAGGAGGCCUGGAAGCGGUGGGAGAGUGAGCUCCAACAUCUAGAUAAAUUAUCUAUACCACGCUGCUACACACCAAUCCCAACCACUGGUUCCCAGUAUGAUCUGCACAUCUUUUGUGAUGCCUCUGAACGAGCAUAUGGAGCAGUUGCUUAUGUCAGACUACAGACUAAAGAUGUCAUUCUCACCUCGUUCAUUAUGGCAAGAUCAAGGGUAGCUCCAAAAAGGCAACAAUCCAUGCCUCGCUUGGAGCUCUGUGCAGCAUUAGCUGGAGCUCAGCUUGCCAAGGUUUUGAAGACAGAGAUGACCCUCCCUCUUCAAAAGACAACCCUGUGGUCGGAUUCCACUACUGCUCUGGAGUGGCUCCAGUCAGACUCCUGUCGCUUCAAGGUCUUUGUUGGAACGCGUGUCUCAGAGAUACAGGAGCUGACUGAUCGACAAUCCUGGCGGUAUGUGGACACCCACAACAAUCCUGCUGAUGACAUCACCAGGGGGAAACCCCUUCUGGAACUUGCGGAGGACGGGCGCUGGAGGCAAGGACCCCCAUUUCUCAGGCAAAGUGCGGAAUACUGGCCAAAAAGACCGGAGAAAGAUUCAACCCUGACUUCAUCCGAACUAAAGAACAUCACCUUCUGUGGUCUUGCAGUAGUGCAAAGCGACAAUAAUAUUCCGGAUGCUUCUCUAUUCAAUACCUGGAAAGAAUUAGUAAAAGUCACUCAGCAGGCGGGACAGGAAGGACCAAGAGGUUCGACACACAGUCAGACAAUCAGCUCCCAAGAAGCUGAGUUUCUGUUGCUGAGAAGAUGUCAAGUUCAAACCUUUCCCGCAGACAUCAUGUCUCUUAAAACACAGAACGCAGUGUCAGCUAAGAGUCGUCUGGCGUGCCUCUCCCCUGAGUGGGACUCAACUACAGGGUUAAUCCGAGUUGGGGGUAGGCUGCGACGACUCCAGAACCCGGACCUAGAAGAGAUCCAUCCUAUUGUGCUGGACCCAAAACAUCAGAUAACUAAACUCCUCAUCAAGGACAUGGACGAACGUCUUCUGCACCCAGGUACAGAGCGAGUGUAUGCAGAACUUCGAAGACAUUACUGGAUUUUGCGAGGACGACAAGCAGUCAGGCACCAUCAGCAUAAUUGCCCAUCUUGUCAACGCUGGCGAGCUCAACCGACAGUCCCAAGGAUGGCAGAUCUGCCACCACAACGCCUCAGACUUCUCUGUCCACCCUUCCAUUCAACAGGUGUGGAUUGUUUUGGACCUUAUCUGGUCAAAGUGGGCAGAAGAUCAGAGAAACGGUGGGGUGUCAUUUUUAAGUGUCUUACAACUCGAGCAGUUCACAUCGAACUCCUCAACUCCAUGGAUGCCGAUGCAUUCCUUCUCGCUCUACGUCGGUUCAUUGCCAGGAGGGGAAGACCAAGAGAGGUACUGUCAGAUUGUGGGACCAACUUCCGAGGAGCCGAAAGAGAACUCAGGACAGUGUUUGCAGAGAUGGAACCUCAACUAAGAGAGCAACGGACAGAAUAUCAGAUUGACUUCAAAUUUAACCCUCCAAAUGCACCUCAUUUUGGUGGGGCAUGGGAACGGGAAAUUAGAUCCAUCAAGGCCAGUCUCCAAGUCGCAGUAGGAGGGCAGUCAGUCACAGAAGAUGUCUUGCACACAACUCUAGUGGAAGUGGAGGGGAUACUGAACUCAAAUCCACUAGGGUACGUAUCAUCUGAUGUUUCUGAUCUGGACCCAAUCACCCCAAACAUCCUUCUCAUGGGGCGGCGGGAUUCUGCACUGCCGCAAGUAGUUUACGUCCCAGCUGUCAUGGGGCGGCGGAGAUGGCGCCAUUGUCAAACACUUGUGGAUCAGUUUUGGAUCCACUUCAUCCGCAGUUAUCUACCCACUUUGCAGACCAGGUCAAAAUGGCAGAGGUCGUCCGAAAACAUAACCAUCAACACUGUAGUUCUGAUGGUGGACCCUUCACUUCCAAGAGCACAGUGGCCCAUCGGCAGAGUGGUUAAGACCAUUCCGAGUCAAGAUGGACAGGUCAGGGCUGCUGAGGUUAUGGUCAAGAGUAAAGUCUACAUCAGACCGGUAGCUCGCUUGAUCCCACUUCCAAGUUUAGAGGAUGACAGUAAGGACACUUGAAGAAUUCCUGUAGUUACACAUUUGUUGUACAAAUGUGGGGGCGGCUGUUAAGAAUUCUCCAUGUUUAUCUAUGUUUUCAGAUACUUUAUUUUGAAGCAUUUCUUGACAGUGUCACUUCCGCUUCCUUCCUGUAGGGGUCACUUCCGCUUCCCUUUUGACGUGUGUUAAUGUGUGCUGACUUGUUUCUCUGCUACGUUAAAUCGGUGCUCUAGUCUUUGACGAUAUACUAACUAACUAAAGAAAUGAACCUAAACCAAUAUGCACCAUUAAAGUUGGAAGAGUCCAAAUGAUGACUGUGUGUUCUCUGACCGGAACCCCAACGUGGUCAAUAUCCGAAAAAACCCAGUCGCAGAGUUUAAUACUCAAC